CACGUGCCUGAAGCGUGUGCCUGAAGGUUCCCUCUACCCCUGUGUCAUUCAACACUCCAGGGAGAGACUCAAGAGGCUCUCUGAGGGAAUGGGGGUAACACCAAUGGGUAGUGAAACGGAAGGCUGGCGCACCAGGGUUGGGCUCUAGAGUGGCUGAAAUCCAGAAAGCAUGGGGUGCCCGAGUCCUCAUGGCCCACACAGCCUCUUGGAGUUGCAGGGCCUUAAGAAGAGAUUCCAGGCUGGAGAGGACUGAAGGAACUACUCAGAAAAGAACCCAGCAGGGUGUCAUCUGGAGAAAUAAGGAAGAGCCGCGCUUCGGAACCACCCCGCUGGCCAUGCUGGCGGCGACCUGCAACAAGAUCGGCAACACGAGCCCGCUGAGCACGCUGCCCGAGUCCAGCGCCUUCGCCAAGGGCGGCUUCCACCCCUGGAAGCGCUCGUCGUCCAGCUGCAACCUCGGCUCGGGCCUGUCGGGCUUCGCCGUGGCCACGGGCGGCCGCGGCUCGGGCGGCCUGGCGGGCGGCUCGGGCGCCGCCAACAGCGCCUUCUGCCUGGCGUCCACGUCGCCCACGUCGUCGGCCUUCAGCAGCGACUACGGCGGCCUCUUCUCCAACUCGGCAGCGGCGGCGGCGGCGGCGGCGGCCGGCGUGUCCCCGCAGGAGGCGGGCGGCCAGUCGGCCUUCCUCUCCAAGGUGCACACGACGGCGGCCGACGGGCUGUACCCGCGCGUGGGCAUGGCGCACCCCUACGAGUCGUGGUACAAGUCCGGCUUCCACUCGACGCUGGCGGCCGGCGAGGUGGCCAACGGCGCGGCGUCGCCCUGGUGGGACGUGCACGGCAGCCCCGGCUCGUGGCUCGACGUGCCCAACGCCGGCGGCGGGCUGCAGGGCUCGCUGCACUCGGGCGCCCCCCAGGCCUCGCUGCACUCGCAGCUGGGCACCUACAACCCCGACUUCGGCUCGCUCACGCACUCGGCCUUCAGCUCCACGGGGCUCGGCUCGCCCGCCGCCGCCGCCUCGCACCUGCUCUCCACCGGCCAGCACCUGCUGGCCCAGGACGGCUUCAAGCCCGUGCUGCCCUCCUACCCGGACUCGAGCGCCGCCGUGGCCGCGGCCGCCGCCAGCGCCAUGAUCUCGGGCGCCGCCGCCGCCGCCGCCGCCGCCGGGGGCGGCUCGGCGCGCUCCGCCCGCCGCUACUCGGGCCGCGCCACCUGCGACUGCCCCAACUGCCAGGAGGCCGAGCGCCUGGGCCCGGCCGGCGCCAGCCUGCGGCGCAAGGGGCUGCACAGCUGCCACAUCCCGGGCUGCGGCAAGGUCUACGGCAAGACGUCGCACCUGAAGGCGCACCUGCGCUGGCACACGGGCGAGCGGCCGUUCGUGUGCAACUGGCUCUUCUGCGGCAAGCGCUUCACGCGCUCCGACGAGCUGCAGCGGCACCUGCGGACUCACACCGGCGAGAAGCGCUUCGCCUGCCCGGUGUGCAACAAGCGCUUCAUGCGCAGCGACCACCUCAGCAAACACAUUAAGACGCACAACGGGGGCGGCGGGGGCAAAAAGGGCAGCGACAGCGACACGGACGCCAGCAACCUGGAGACGCCCCGCUCCGAGUCCCCCGACCUCCUCCUGCACGAGGCCGGCGUGAGCGCGGCCCGGGCGGCGGCGGCGGCAGCGGCGGCGGCGGCAGCAGCGGCGGCGGCGGCGGGAGCCAAGGAGGCCCCGAGCGGCCCCAACGACUCCUAGAGGCCGCGGCGAGGCGCGGGGGCGGCGGGCGGGCGCCAGGCCGAGCCGAGCGGAGCCCCCACCCCGGCCGGUGGCCGCCGAGCCGCGCGCCCCCCUCCGCGCCCGGACGAGGACCCGACGCCGGGGCCGCGGACAAAAGCGAACCGGGGUCUGAGCUGCACCCCCGCGCGCCCCCACGCACACACGGGAGCCCCGCGCCCGCCGGAACGCACCCCCGCGCUCCCCCGCAGCCAUCCUCACAAACUUCUCCAGAGAAGAGCAAUACACAGAAACGCCCCCUCCCCGCACCGCUGCCCAGCCCCUCCGGCGUCCUCUGUCCUCUCCUCAAAAACAAAAAGAAAAACAACAACACAGAAACUAGCCACCGCUCGGAAAAGGACUGUCAGAACUUUGGAACGAGAACAGACGAGACCUAUAAAAACGGACCCUGUGUGGAUUAUAUUAUAUAUAAAAUGCUCCAAGUCCUGCUUGAUGUCCACUCACAAUGAGACUUUUUUUUUUUCUAAAAAAGGAAGCAUCAAAAAAGGCUUAAGGUGAGAUAUUCAACUGGAAGUCUAGCGACAGUUUCUCUGUAUUUCAUAACAUCUGUAUAAAUAGGGUUCAAAGGAUUGUGUUCUCUUUUAUUUUCUUGUAAAUGUUCAUUCGAAUAGGUUUUUUUUUGUGAAUUCCUGAAAUUCAGGGAGUUUCUUUUUAAUUUUCUGAUGCACUUUGUGAAAGUCAGUAUAUAUGUAAAAGAUAUUUAAAAUGUUGAGUUACCGUUUUCACUCAAACACGUAAGUUAAGGUCACCUAAAGAAAUUAAAUGCGUUUAUCUGUAUGAAGAAAAUCUUGACAUCAUUUUCAUUUUGGUGUUAUUAAAGGACUCUGAACAGCACCCCUCCGUUAAAAAAAAAAAAAAAUCCUGUUUUCCCUUCAAUAACCUUUAAAGUGGGAUCAACUUUUUUUUUUUUUUUUUGGUUGUUGGGAAACAAAUUUCCUUCACGUUAGUUGUAGGCAAUGAAGUUUCUAUGGGUUGCAAAGCCAUAACACAUAUACGUUUUUGAAAAGUCAAAAUUAUUUAUUUGUAUAUCAACAGCAUAAAUUAAAUUGGGUUCUAAGAACGUGUAGUUGUAUUACUUUAAUGGGAGGGCUCGCAAAAGGUGAUGUUUUUUUAAAUCUUUGGAUCGCCUUUAAGAAAAAAAAAAGAAAGAAAGAAAAUCAAGUUCUUUUGGCAGUUUUAACUGGGGUGGUACUUAAAUCUCCUGGGGGGCUCAGAGAAAAUCGGUGGGCUUGUUUUUAAAAUCUGAUUUUAAAACAAUAUGUUAAAGAAACAUCUCUCUAGGAAAAAAAAAUGUCUUUUCGUUUCCGAGGCCCGCUAGUUGGGAGGCAUCUCUGGGGAAUAAAUCGCCAGAGUCAGUACCCCGGAAAAGACAUUUCAUGCCUAAAUGAAAAUCUUGUUAAAUGUUAUUAAUUUUGACUUAGAGCACACAGCAGCCCCCUGCGCCUUGUACUCCCUUAUUAGGGAUUCAUGUCUUAUCAAAUAUCUAAUUAAUCUCCUAGACAUCAUUUGUUCUGGCCAACUUUAUCUCAGCUGGUCCACGGGGAAAACUCCAAAUAUUCUCUGUGACAAAGCUCCCUUGAAGAUCUUUUUAAUUGUCUAAAUUAACUGCACCAAAUUUGCAUGUCAAACGGUAAAGGGCAACCUGAGAUAAAAUGUAAACGUUUUAAAAGCCCCAAACUAAGCACUUGAUUUGAUAACUAGGCUUUUUAAUGUUAUGGGAGACCACUGCUCCUUUCCUUUUCAAAGACGGCUGAUCUAUGCAAAUAGUGAAUUGGAAAUGCCUAGGUCCCCUCGCCGGCAAAUGGCCCUCGCAGGUUAUUUGAAUAUCAGUGGCUGCCUCUGAAAAGGUUCAAGGAUGCUCUCUGCCUUCUUUGUGAUUACUCAGUGCGGCGUCUUAUUCUGAAGAAAAAAACUCAGGAAUAAUUAAAGGCUGGGAUCAGGCCUGGGAACACAUUUGGGACAGGAAUCUCAUUUAGACAGUCUCUUUCAAAAUAAGGCACAGUUAAAUUGACCAGAAGGCAAUUAUUGAAAUGAAAAUUAUUUUCACUCUCUUUGUCUUCUGACCACCAACUUAACAGCCCCGGUUUAAAAGAGGGAGAAGGGAGAGAAUGACGAAAGGAAAAUUGGUAAAUGAGACAAUUUCGCAAUUCGAAAAAAAAAAUGUUAGUUUGGAAAAAAAAAGUACAUAUUUACAGAAUAAAAAUAUUUCUAAAAGGCUUCUCACACAAUAGAAACUACAAGCGAAGUCAGCAUCAAUAAAUUCGCCCCUCUUUUUUUUUUUUUUUUUUUUGAUUACUGGACUUGGAAACUUGAAUAAAGAUUUUGAUCCUUUGGAAAGAAUAAAUUAUUGGUAUUAAAACUGCUCCGAAAGGCCAAGGAGCGAAGUAGCGAGGAAAACAGCGGGAAGGUUCCUAGCGGGGUGUCUGCAUGCGGAGGUUCAGGCUUCUUCCUUGAGGUCCCUGCGGUCCCAGCUGCAAAGCUCGUCUUCCUGUAGUUUUCCCUUUCUUCGCUCGUUUUCUCUCCAGGCUCAUCCACGCCUGCCUGGGACCUCCCCCACCCCCACCCCAAGGCCUUUUCGGGUUUGGGUCUGGUCCUGGGGAGAAGCUGGCGGGGCACGCAUGUAGGGUCUGUAGGCCCGCGGGGUGCCCUGCGCGUCUCGGGGCGGCGGGCGGGCGGCGCGGAGGUGAGCGUGCGCUGGGGGUU